GGCAAGAUGGCUGCCGGCGGUCGCUUUGAGUAGUUGCCGACCCAGAGCCUCCGGGUUGACAGAACCUCGGCGGAGGCGGCGGAGGAGAACCGAGUUGUUGGAGCGAGUUCGAAGCGGCGGGGGCCGGAUCUGUGCGCACGGAGAGUCCGGACCGAGAGGCGGGACUGCUGGGAUCCGCAGCGGAGCGGGGAGCGCGCCGAGUCCCAGGCCCCGCCAUGCCCUGCCGCCCCGUGGGGACCCGGGACUCGGAGCCGCGCGGGGCCGGCGCGCGUUGCCGCCGGCGAGUCUGAAACCUUCCAAAAUGAACAGGAAGAAGGGAGACCGGGGCUUCGAGAGCCCGCGGCCGUAUAAAUUAACCCAUCAGGUCGUCUGCAUCAACAAUAUAAACUUCCAGAGAAAAUCUGUUGUGGGAUUCGUGGAACUGACUAUAUUUCCUACGGUUGCAAACUUGAAUAGAAUCAAGUUGAACAGCAAGCAGUGUAGAAUAUACCGAGUAAGGAUCAAUGAUUUGGAGGCUGCUUUUAUUUAUAAUGAUCCAACCUUGGAAGUUUGUCACAGUGAAUCAAAACAGCGAAAUCUCAAUUACUUUUCUAAUGCUUAUGCUGCUGCAGUUACUGCUGUUGAUCCUGAUGCAGGAAACGGAGAACUUUGCAUUAAGGUUCCAUCAGAGCUGUGGAAACACGUUGAUGAGUUAAAGGUCCUGAAGAUACACAUUAAUUUUUCUUUGGAUCAGCCGAAAGGAGGUCUUCAUUUUGUGGUACCCAGUAUAGAGGGCAGUAUGGCGGAAAGAGGUGCUCAUGUCUUCUCUUGUGGGUAUCAAAAUUCCACAAGAUUUUGGUUCCCAUGUGUUGAUUCAUACUCUGAAUUGUGUACAUGGAAAUUGGAAUUUACAGUAGAUGCUGCAAUGGUGGCUGUGUCCAAUGGAGAUCUGGUAGAGACAGUAUAUACCCAUGAUAUGAGGAAGAAGACCUUCCAUUAUAUGCUUACCAUUCCUACAGCAGCCUCCAAUAUCUCCUUGGCCAUUGGACCUUUUGAAAUACUCGUAGAUCCGUAUAUGCACGAGGUUACUCAUUUUUGUUUACCUCAACUUCUUCCUUUGCUUAAACAUACAACAUCUUAUCUUCAUGAAGUUUUUGAAUUUUAUGAAGAAAUUCUUACGUGUCGUUACCCGUACUCCUGUUUCAAGACUGUGUUCAUUGAUGAAGCCUAUGUUGAAGUGGCGGCCUAUGCUUCCAUGAGCAUUUUUAGCACAAAUCUACUCCACAGUGCCAUGAUUAUAGAUGAGACACCUCUGACUAGGAGGUGUCUCGCUCAGUCCUUGGCCCAGCAAUUUUUUGGGUGUUUCAUAUCCAGAAUGUCUUGGUCUGAUGAAUGGGUGCUGAAAGGAAUUUCAGGCUAUAUUUAUGGACUUUGGAUGAAAAAAACUUUUGGUGUUAAUGAGUACCGCCAUUGGAUUAAGGAGGAACUAGAUAAAAUAGUGGCAUAUGAACUGAAAACUGGGGGAGUUUUACUACAUCCUAUAUUUGGUGGAGGAAAAGAAAAGGAUAAUCCAGCAUCCCACCUUCACUUUUCGAUAAAGCACCCGCAUACUCUCUCCUGGGAAUAUUACACUAUGUUUCAGUGCAAAGCUCACCUUGUGAUGAGAUUGAUUGAAAAUAGGAUUAGUAUGGAGUUUAUGCUACAGGUUUUCAACAAACUGCUAAGUCUGGCUAGUACUGCUUCAUCUCAGAAGUUCCAGUCUCAUAUGUGGAGCCAGAUGUUGGUUUCCACAUCUGGAUUUUUGAAAUCCAUAUCAAAUGUCUCUGGCAAAGACAUUCAGCCCUUAAUAAAGCAAUGGGUAGACCAGAGUGGAGUAGUAAAAUUUUAUGGAAGUUUUGCAUUUAAUAGAAAACGAAAUGUCUUAGAACUGGAAAUAAAACAAGAUUAUACAUCUCCUGGAACUCAGAAAUACGUGGGACCACUUAAAGUGACAGUACAGGAGUUAGAUGGAUCUUUCAAUCAUACACUUCAAAUUGAAGAGAACAGCCUUAAACAUGAUAUCCCCUGCCAUUCAAAAAGCAGAAGGAAUAAGAAGAAAAAAAUCCCACUGAUGAAUGGAGAAGAAGUUGACAUGGAUCUUUCUGCAAUGGAUGCGGAUUCCCCUUUGCUGUGGAUAAGAAUAGAUCCAGAUAUGUCAGUUCUGAGGAAGGUAGAGUUCGAGCAAUCCGAUUUUAUGUGGCAAUAUCAACUUCGCUAUGAAAGGGAUGUUGUUGCACAACAGGAAUCCAUCUUGGCCUUGGAGAAGUUUCCUACACCUGCUUCCCGCCUUGCACUCACUGACAUCUUAGAGCAAGAGCAGUGUUUCUACCGAGUGAGAAUGUCAGCUUGCUUUUGUCUUGCAAAGAUUGCAAAUUCAAUGGUGAGCACGUGGACAGGACCACCAGCGAUGAAAUCACUCUUUACUCGGAUGUUUUGUUGUAAAACUUGUCCAAACAUUGUGAAAACAAACAACUUUAUGAGCUUUCAAAGUUAUUUUCUACAAAAGACUAUGCCAGUUGCAAUGGCUUUGUUAAGAGAUGUUCAUAACCUUUGUCCCAAAGAAGUCUUAACAUUUAUUUUAGACUUAAUCAAGUACAAUGACAACAGAAAAAAUAAGUUUUCAGAUAACUAUUACCGUGCAGAAAUGAUUGAUGCUCUGGCAAACUCUGUUACUCCAGCAGUCAGUGUGAAUAAUGAAGUUAGAACUUUGGAUAACUUGAAUCCUGAUGUGCGACUAAUUCUUGAGGAAAUCACCAGAUUUUUGAAUAUGGAAAAACUACUUCCAAGUUACAGACAUACCAUUACUGUCAGUUGCUUGAGAGCUAUAAGGGUGCUUCAGAAGAAUGGACAUGUGCCAAGUGAUCCAGCUCUUUUCAAAUCUUAUGCUGAAUAUGGCCAUUUUGUGGACAUCAGGAUAGCAGCUUUGGAAGCAGUAGUUGACUAUACUAAAGUGGACAGGAGUUAUGAAGAACUGCAGUGGCUACUUAAUAUGAUUCAGAGUGAUCCUGUACCAUAUGUAAGGCACAAGAUCCUAAACAUGUUGACUAAAAACCCACCAUUUACAAAGAACAUGGAAUCUCCCUUAUGCAAUGAAGCUCUGGUGGAUCAACUUUGGAAACUUAUGAAUUCUGGUACUUCGCAUGACUGGAGGUUACGGUGUGGUGCUGUGGACUUAUAUUUCACACUUUUUGGUCUCAGUAGACCUUCCUGUUUACCCUUGCCAGAGCUUGGUUUGGUUCUUAAUCUAAAGGAAAAAAAAGCUGUGCUGAAUCCUACCAUAAUUCCAGAGGCCUUAACAGGCAACCAAGAAGUUACAAGUAAUCUGAGCAGUCAUGCACAGCAAAUUGGAUUUCAGAACCCAUUUUCAAGUUCUCAAGAUGAGGAGGAGAUUGAUAUGGAUACUGUUCAUGAUAGCCAGGCCUUCAUUUCCCAUCAUCUGAACAUGCUUGAGAGGCCAUCGACUCCAGGGCUUUCUAAAUAUCGACCAGCUAGUUCCCGAUCUUCUUUAAUGCCCCAGCAUUCAUCGGGCUGUGACAUCACAUCUACCACAAAACCCCAGUGGAGUAUGGAACUUGCCCGUAAGGGAUCAGGUAAAGAACCAUCACCUUUGGAGAUGAGUUUACAUCCUGCGGUAGCGGCUCCUCUCUCAGUAUUUGGUAAGGAAUCUGCAUCCUCCAAACACAGUGACCACCAUCACCAUCAUCACCAUGAACACAAGAAGAAGAAGAAGAAGCACAAGCAUAAGCAUAAACACAAGCACAAAACCCAAACAUAAAGUGACAGUGAAGACAAGGACGAGGAGCCUUCCCUGUCUCCAGCCCUGCCGAUGCCAAGUGCUCAUUCUCCUUAUCUCUGAGACUGUGAAAGGGACAGAGAGCCCUUUCCCUCUGUGUCCACAAGACACAUCGCUGCAGCUUUGUCCUCUGAAGAAUGACAGAGGUGGGAAAUGGAGAAUCUAUGGACGUUCUAGGCAGUUGACUUAUAUGUACAAUUGAGGUCUAGUUAGCAUAUUGCAUUUUAUGGUUCUGGAUAAACUGUUUCAUCCCUUGUUUAUACACACACACACACACACACACACACACACAC